GACAUCAACUUUCUCAUCGCUGAAGCCGGCAAGGGUGCCGACAUCUUUAAACGACGUGAAAAAUACACGCCAGGCGUGUCAAGGUAUGACAUGUUAUCGCAAUUGCAUUCUGCAUUAAGCACGGAAGUGAGAGACACACUAUAAGAACCAUGGAUGACAGAGCGUUGGAUCUCACGGAGCAGCAGAAGAAAACCAAGGCCAAGUACCCGGCUAUCAAUAAGAAAUAUGAAUACCUUGACCACACAGCAGACGUCCAGCUGCAUUCAUGGGGAGAAACGUUAGAGGAAGCGUUUGAACAGUGCGCCAUGGCAAUGUUCGGGUACAUGACAGACACCGAAACCGUGGAACCCAUCGACACGAUCGAAGUGGAAUCGGAAGGUGAUGACAUGAUUUCCCUCCUUUAUCACUUCCUGGAUGACUGGUUGUAUAAAUUCAGUGCUGACCAGUUCUUUGUUCCCAGGGAAGUGAAAGUGCUGCACAUAGACAGGAUGCGCUUCAAAAUCAGGUCCAUAGGGUGGGGUGAGGAGUUUAAUUUGACCAAACACCCACAGGGAACUGAAGUAAAAGCCAUCACUUAUUCAGCGAUGCAGAUUCACGAAGAGAACAAGCCCCACGUUUUUGUCAUUAUUGAUAUCUGAAGAAAACAUGGACUGUACAGCUGGCUUAUGGAAAGACGUCGCUGAGUUUACUAAAGGACUGCUUGACCUUCACAGUGGUUCAUUCAGACCCCGGGCACUGUGUUAAUGGGAGAGAUAUCUUGAAAGGCUGCUGUAAUUACAGACUUGCAAUUCCUAGUACUCCGAGCUAACAAAAUGAUAUAUCUAAACUUGCAUUGCCGUUGUCUUAUUCACUUCUCGUUUUUGUUAUCAAAGACACACACGUGAAGGUAAACUUGUCUUUUGAUUUUUUUAAAAUAAGAUCUCAGUGAUGCAUUUCAUCAGCGUCCCUGAAUUCCACUUCAAGAGGUCACAUGACGAACGCAUGGACAUUUAAAUCACGUUAGUCAUUAGAAAAGCUACGAUUGGCAACUUGGUACUUAUUUUUAUAAUGCAGCAUUGAAAUACAUGUGUACCAAAUGUGUCUUUUAUACAGAAAAACGUGAGACCGACAAAGUGAUGGCAAUGCAAAUUAGCUAAGGUUUACAUGUGUUAUUUUGUUUGUUUGAUGUACUGGUAAUGAUGUGUGUGUGUGUGUUGUAUUUUUUCUGUUGUGCAAUUUUUUAAUUUUUUUUUUAAUUAGUAUUUUAGCCAAGAUUAAAUCGUAAAGCAUACAGUAUAAAGCUUGCACUAUUAUUUAAUUACCCUUUUCAAGAAAAGUCAAUUGUCAGAUAUUAGCUUGCCUUGUCAAUGGCAGCUAUUUCAAAGGGCUGAUGGGUGUGCAGGAAUCGGAUUCUGAAACAGCUGUUAGUGUGUAUGGGUCACAAACACUAACUGAGGUACCUUAUUUAUUACAGUUCUGCAGAAAGAAAUCAGAUCAAGUAGAUCUGAUUGCAGCUUGUUUAAAAGACGGCUGUGAUCUUUUUUUUUUUAACAUGCCGUUUCUAUGUUUUUGAUGGUAAUCAUGUUUCAAAUCAUAUUCAAUUUAUUAUAUUUCCAGCUGCUCGCUCAGACAUGUUAUAUGAUUUAUAUAAUUGCAGAACAGAGCAAAAAAUCUGUUCUAAAGAUUCAUGUGCUCCUCCCCCAGAAUAAAACCUCUCGAUUGAAUGUUAUUUGCAGAUUGAUUCCCUUAUUCUGAUUGUCUGCUAUUCCAGUGCCAUGUGGUCAGAUGAGGACAACGAAAUGAUUGACCUCAUUUCAUUGCUUACAGAACAAUGAGCCCUUUCAUAACCCUACGAUCCCUUGUGUGUGUGGUUUCUUACAAGUACAAUGGAUAAAUCAAAUCUGCUGAGAUUUAAAACUGAGGUCCUAUUGUAAGUGACUCUGCAGCAAAAGUAAUGCAAGUUGAACGGACAGUUUGAAAGCAUGGGCUUCUAAAAAGAAAGUUUCUCAUUCCAGAAAAAAUAAAAAAAAUUCAAUUUUAUAUUUGGAUCUUUAAAUGAGGAACAUUAAUGCAGGAGCGACGUGCACACACCGAUGAUGCUGGAAUUUUCUGAAAGUCCCAAUCUAAAAAUAGAAAAAAACACAUUCUCAGUGUUUAGUUUAGUUAGUUUAUUCAGUAUGUGCCCCCAGGGCCAACACAGGUACAUCUCAGUAGAGAAGCACCAAUACAAAGAAAGAGCUAUGUAGACCAUACAAUAAAAUAACAAUACAAUGACAAUGGAAGUGCUGGACUACCUGUAAACAAGGCUUGCAAAUAAAGUCUUCAUUGUGUGCUGUACCAGAUAUCCUGUUUUAGAAAGAAGAUACAGUAAAUGCCUUAUUUUUUUCCUGGUGUCCUGCCCUAAUGCAUCUAUUCAUGUACUAUGUAGUUUGUGUAAAACUCCCAAUGUAGCAGAGGCUUUGUUUAGUGCAGUUUUACUAGUUUUUCCUAGCUGCGCAACGUCUGGUUUCAUAGGCCCGGAUUAACAUUAAUCUUGAAGUGCUUUAUAUUACUUUGGGUAAACUGGUCCAGUGAUCUGUCAGAUAAACACAAGAGGUUUUUCAAUAAAACAGUGUCCCAGACUUGGGUCUGGGAAUGCUGGGAUUUUAGCCAUAGAGUAUGAAAAUAUUCUUGUUUAUUAUGUGUAAUACUGAGCAGAACACUUGGAAAUAAACCAGGGAAUUCAGUUUGAAUUAUGUAUCUCUGUUUUUAUAACUGCAGUAAAUCGCAGCUUCUGAGUUAAUGCUUGAAUUUCAUAACAACUGACCGCAGUGAAGGUUAACUCUUUCCGACAUGAAAUACUGAAAAUAGCUGGGAAAAAAAACAGUUUUGGACAUAUAAUAAUAAACACAUUUUCCAUUGAUUUAUUUUUUUGUUCCAUUGUUUUAUAUGGGGGGAAAUUGCAUCCUCAAGAGGUUAUCAGGCAUUUGCCUCUUCCAUAUGUCCCCAUAUAAAGAAUAGAGAGAGAGUUUUUUGUUUUUUUUGUGUCUGUCCCUGUAUGAGGUUGCCAUGCAUGACAGGGUUAAGAGUAUAUCAAGGUAAGGGCUUUCUUUUUUUUAACACAUGUCAAAUAAAAACUGUUUUAAUUGAGCUUUAUAAGUGUCAAAAAAGUGAGAGAACCCCUGAAGAAAGCUGUGCUGUAAACAUAAUUACAUCAAAAUGUUAUCACUAAUAAAGCAAAUACAAAAAUGGCAACAGGAAAUGAGGCGGGCAGUCAUUUUGCUGAAGCGGAUUCAUGUAAAGUAGACUGUAUCUGUGGUGCAAUACAUGCAAGCUCUUUUAUAUUACUGCUGGUUAAUGGGCUAAAUACAGCCCGGAAGGGAGG